AUGGUUCCUCCAAAAUGUUGUGUUCCUCUUAGCCCAGGAAGUCAAGUUCCUGUUUUUCGGCUGAAAUUUGCUGAGAUGGACCUGACCAACAUAAAAGAGCAAUAUCAUCAACUCGGUCCCUGGCUAAUUAAAACCACAGAGAGUCACAUUCUUAACGCUUCGGGCGAUGAAAGGGAGCUGUUCGAAUCGAAGCUUGAUUUACCAUGCACUCCUGAAAUGUUAUUUUCCAAAAAUUCUCUAUCCCUCUCUCUCAGGCAAGAUGAGAGGGAGGCGAAGAUUGAAUUCCUCGCCAUCGACGCGUUGAAAUUAGUUGACAAGUCUAAAGUUCAUGUUCAGGUUCCAGCCGCAAAGCAAUGGAGUAGACCGCACUUCCACAAAUAUUCCAUCCUAAAUCCAUUCGAUUGGACAUUUUCUACAACCUACAGUGGUACCACAACCGGCGACUGGCUCGUCCAAAGUACGCUUGAGGGUCUCGACCAGAAAUUCAUUCGUUCUCGCGACCCCAUUCUCCUUUUCGGCAGUAUAAAUCUCUUCGAAGAUGAACUGGGGGACAACGGGAUCUCACUCCUAAACGUCAAGAUUCGUGUGAUGCCAACAGGAUUCUUUGUUCUCCAGCGGUUUUUUUUGCGAGUGGACGGCUGCCUAUUGCGCAUCUGGGAUACGCGCUUGCAGUGGAGGCUAGGCGAUAAGUACGUCCUUCGUGAGGUGAAACGGCUAGAGAGCGAGAUGUGGCUGCCCACAAUGGUUGGUGUGCAAGCCGAUGACGCGGAGCAGCUGUGCAAGCAAGUUGUGGAGCACAGAACCGAGAAACUCUUCCCAAAACUCCUCUAA